AUGAGCACAUUCCUUGUCACAGCCCUGGUGGUCUGGCUCGUCAGCCACGGAACUUACAUGGCCACAGCUUCUGCAGCUUGGGAUGACCAAGACUUCUUUAGAAACUGUCCUCCAUACCGGUGCAGCAAAGAUGGACCCGAGAUUCGGUUCCCACUCCGGCUUGAACCGCUUGAUUCCAGCAACACAUCAUCAUCAUCAUCCUGCGGCACAACAUGCGUGAAGCUAGCGUGCUCUGGCCAAGAUACCAUCAUGCUUCACCCAUUUCUUGGCCCAUGCAAUGUCACCGCCAUAAAUUACACUAGUGCCGCCCUCAGCAUCACUCCGCUUACCUCCGCAUGCACUGUGAUUCAGAAAUUCAUCUCUGCAAGUUCACCACCGGCCGAUGCUGACCAUCCCUGUACUCCGCACUACAGCAGAACUGGAACGCUUGUAGGCUGCUCAAGGGAGUUCACGCCAAGCGGGAUUACUCAAUUUCCCGUCUAUGACGACGAAGACACUUACUAUGCUUCUGUCUCAGCUGCAGACAAUAUUGCUGGCCCACUCUCCUGCCUUAGCAACACAACUCACUUCUCGUAUUUGGUGGACGAUUAUGCAUACAUGUACGAUCUUCCACUGGAUUGCAAGGUCGUCUCGGAUGCUGCAUUUCCGAUGUUCAGCACAGGAUAUUAUGGAUCAACAUCAAAGCAAGUUGGGGAAGAAGAAACCCACCGCUUUUAUCACAUAGAAGCCAGCUGGAGUGAACCAGAGCAAUCAUCUGUUCCCUAUCAAUGCCAAAAGUGCGAACAAAAUGGGCAAUACUGUGCAUUCAGCUCACAAAGGAACAUCACAUUCUGCUUGUCUCAACCUCAUAAAGGUUCACGUGUCAAAUUCAUUGCAGCCACAUCGUCGGCAGCUUCAUUUGUUGUUCUUGUUUUGGUGGUGGCCACUGCUCUUUAUCUUUCACUAAAGACAAGAUACAGCGAAGAGAUACAUCUGAAGGUCGAAAUGUUUCUCAAGACGCAUGGAACAUCAAACCCCACAAGGUACACUUUCUCCGAAGUUAAGAAGAUAACGAGACGGUUCAAGCAUAAAUUAGGACAUGGUGGAUUCGGAAGUGUGUACAAAGGUGAGCUACCAAAUGGAGUUCCCGUGGCAAUCAAGAUGCUAGAAAACUCUAAUGGAGAGGGGCAGGAAUUCAUCAAUGAAGUUGUUACUAUCGGGAGAAUCCACCAUGCAAACAUUGUCCGCCUCCUUGGCUUUUGCUCUGAGGGGACAAGAAGGGCUCUCAUUUAUGAAUUCAUGCCUAAAGAUUCAUUGGAGAAAUAUUUAUUCUCGGGUAAUUCUAGUAUUUCUCGAGAGCACCUAGAACUACACAAAAUGCUGGAUAUUGCUUUAGGAAUUGCAAGAGGAAUGGAAUACCUACAUCAAGGAUGCAAUCAACGCAUCCUCCACUUUGACAUUAACCCUCACAAUAUCUUGUUGGACUACAACUUCAGUCCAAAGAUCUCAGACUUUGGCCUAUCAAAGUUGUGUGCAAGGGACCAAAGCAUCAUUACCUUGACCACGGCAAGAGGCACUAUGGGAUACAUUGCACCAGAGAUAUACUCUAGGAACUUUGGAGGGAUAUCCUACAAGUCAGACGUUUACAGUUUUGGCAUGCUGGUGUUAGAAAUGGUGAGCGGAAGGAGGAACUCAGACCCAAGUAUUGAAAGCCAGAAUCAGGUAUACCUCCCGGAGUGGAUCUAUGAGAAAAUAAUCAUUGGGGAUGAAAUGGUGGUUACAUUGGAAAUGACACGAGAAGAAAAAGAAAAGAUGAGACAGCUGGCUAUUGUGGCACUAUGGUGUAUACAGUGGAACCCAAGAAACCGGCCAUCAAUGACAAAGGUUGUAAACAUGUUAACGGGGAGGUUGCAUAAUCUGCAGAUGCCCCCUAAGCCCUUUGUCCCAUCUGAAAAUCACCACAUGCCAUAA